AGAUGGAAUUUGUCAGUGAUGGGCAGCCUAUUGUGUGGCUGAGAGACGCCUGCUAGCCACCACUUUUCGCUGCUGCUGUCACUGCCUCCACCACCGUUACUGUGAGAUCCUCGCCACGCUGCUGCUGCUCCCAGGCCGCACCCUGCCGUCCAGCUCGAAAGAACCAACAAGGGAGGAAGCGAUCACGAGUAAAAAGCAAAUGGAGAAAUCGAUGUCUACGUAGGUAAAGAGUUAACCUUCAGUAGAGAAUCGAGCACCGAAGCAGCACCACGUUUAUCUCUCACCAUCCGAUCCCGUGGACUGGUUUGGAAAAGUUGAAGGAAGGCAGCGACUCAGCACUUCGACAUGCAUGUGAUGGACGACCGCGAGCUGGACGAGGCCAAGGAGAAGGAAGAGACCUCCUCACACCGGGACUUCAGCACCUCGAUCCGUCCUUUCAUGUGGCUCGGGGCCCUGAUAGGAGUGAUACCUUGCACUGCCCGGAAACUGCCUGACGGGGAGGCUGAAGGAGGCAAGCCAAGAGUGACCUACAACUUUUCACUGGUCAGUUUUCCGUCCUUCAUCACGGUGGUGUGGUGGUUCACUACUGUGCUCUACUUCUUGACGGUGCCCUUCGAUGAUCCGUUCCAUGGCAAAGAAACCUACUCCUUCGUCACCAUCCUGAAUAACAUAGUGCCCCUCACCUAUACCUGUACCUACGUCCCGGUGUGGCUAAUACUAUGGAGGGCUGCCCGCCUCACACACCUAUUCAACGCCGUGGCCGAGCUGGACGCCGCCUUGCCCUCGCGAAGCCUGAAGACCUGCCUGACCGUGGCGGCGUCCAUAGGGGCUUUGGUGCUGUUCGUCACAAUGGGUUGCCUCGUUGAAAAGUUUGUGGAUGGUGUUGACAAUAUUCUGCCUCGCUCGUUCGUCUUGGUUCACGUGAGCUACGCGGGGCCCUCUUACCUGAUGCUGAUAUGGACACUCGCCGUUCACUUGGCCCAGAAGUUCGAGGUGCUGAACGCUCAGGUGGCGGAGGCGGUGAAGUGGAAGGACGCUGCUAAACUCUCGCACCUCAGGCACCUCCACUACCGGCUCAGAAGUGUAGUGAAGGAGGUGGACGCGGUGUUCUACCCAAUAGCAGCCCCCACCUACAUCCGCAUGAUGGUGAUGAUGUGCUUGCAGCUCACACUUAUCGACACCUACUCCAACAUGAACUACUCUAAGCAAUACUUUUGGAUGUUUACUGUUCUCAAUGUGCUCUAUGGGUUCAACAUUGUGAUGGUCCACGCUUUGCCAGACCUGUGCGCGGGGAAGGCUGCCUCCACGGUCCACCUACUCGAAGAUCACGACCAAGAAGACGACGCAUUUUCCAGACAGGUGAGCGGGUGGAGAGUAGAGCUGGCCUCGACGCACGUCUGCCUCACAGCGUCAGGCCUCGUGGAACUCAACAUGCCGGGGCUGUGGACGGAUGCACAGUUCAUGAUCACAAUCUAUGUUGUCCUCAUCCAGUUCACCAGGGACAGUGCAAUCUCUGAUAAUUGAAACCCACAAUGAGUGACCAAACUCCUUUGCUGCUAUCCAUGCUUCUGAGCAUCUCCAAGCAUCUACAGUGAGGUCUCCACAUACCUCUUCUACCUCCUACAGAAACUAUUAUCCUUGGUCUCUCAUUACUUGAUAUGAAAAUUGUCUACAUACUUUUUAUCCUGUCAAAGCUUGUCUACAUACUUUUUAUCCUGUGAAAGCUUACCUAUGACCAAACUAGAUAAAUUAACAAUGUAACAGGAAAAACAUAAUUUAUAUGUCACUAUGAAAUUCAUCACCAACAUUAUCACUGCCACAGCUAACCUAACAUUCCACCACCACCACCACCACCUCAAAGACUCUCCUCCCCCAGCACCACCCCAUGACCCUCCCCACAAGAACUCAGUGAAGACAGAUUGUGUGCUGCACAAUGACUACUAGUACAACAAUGAAUGUGUACUGCUGCUGCCUACAUACUAUCAUGCAAAAUGUUUGGCUACACACACACACACACACACACACACACACACACAUGAAAUACUGCAAUAUGCACAGGUGCAAGACUUAAAUGAACACUUUUUUUUUUUUUUUGUUGCUAAAUAAAUACUUCACAAAAAAAUAUCACUUCAAACACAUUACUGUUUUAAUUCACCAUUACCUUCAUCAUUAAUGAAUGUUUUUACAUAUAUAUUAUCAGAUCUAAGUGGCCAUCAAGCAUUAACUCUUACAGUAUAACAUUUCCAUUCAUGAAUACUGAAGUUGAUUCUCUUUCACUAAAACUGGUAAGUAUUUUUUUGUACAUACUGUAUUGUUUAUUAAUGAAUACAUAUUUGUAUAUAUAUUACAUGUUGCUACAUAUUUAUAGCAACAUGUAAUGAAAGUUUCUCCAUGCCUUCCAUCUUAUACAUUUGUCAUCUGAAACCUAUCCAGAGGAUUUUUGUUUAACAAAAACAAUCUCUCUCUCUCUCUCUCUCUCUCUCUCUCUCUCUCUCUCUCUCUCUCUCUCUCUCUCUCUCUCUCUCUCUCUC